AUGUCAAAAGUCUGCCGUUGCGUAAUGUCUGGACCGGGAGAGCGUUUCCACGUUCUGGCACAGUUGGACCAUCUGCAUUCUAAAUAUACAGGGACAGGACAUGCGGAUACAACCCGCUACGAGUGGAUGACAAAUCAGCUGCGAGACACGCGAGCUUCUCAGAUGAGCCAUCCUGGUAUGACGUCAUUCAUUGCCAUUGUUGAAAAUGAAUCUCGCGCCAGAACGCGACAGGACAAGGUUUGUUGGCGUUGCAUGUAUGUUUUACGAGCCCUUUCUACAUUCUCCUUCAGUCCCACGCAUAGACCCUUGAGAGCUCGGAUCGUGCAUUGCACAAACAUGUCUAGCGGCACAACAUUCACCAAUAAGCUUGCAAAUGAACGAUCACCGUAUCUUCUGCAACAUAAACAUAACCCCAUAGAAUGGUAUCCCUGGGGACCCGAAGCGUUCCAGAAAGCCAAAGAAUUGAAUCGUCCAAUUUUCUUGUCAGUUGGCUAUUCUACAUGUCACUGGUGCCAUGUUAUGGAGCAUGAAUCGUUUGAAAACGAAGAAAUUGCCAAAUAUCUGAACGAUCACUUUAUCAGCAUCAAGGUGGACCGUGAAGAACGACCGGAUGUUGACAAGCUCUACAUGUCAUUCAUACAAGCAAUGUCGGGUCAUGGUGGAUGGCCAAUGACUGUUUUUCUUACGCCGGAUUUGGACCCAAUCACGGGUGGUACGUAUUUCCCACCAAGAGAUUCAGGCGGAGGCAUGGGCUUACCAUCGGUGCUGAAACUCGUGAAUGAUAACUGGAGCGAUGCGCGUGUGCGUAGGUCUAUGGGUGGACAAGGAAAAAUGAUAACGGAAGCCCUAAGUAAAGGCUCCUUCUACAGUCAUGGCGAUGCACCUCCAAUAGAGCCCGUAAUCAAUGGUGCAUUCAAGUACAAAGUUUCCAAUUUCGAUGAAAAGUUCGGUGGAUUCGGCAGCGCACCCAAGUUUCCUAAAGCUUGUGAUCUGGAGUUUUUGGUUAAUCAUUGCUGCUGGACAAAGUCGGAUUCAGAACGAGAGUUGUGUCGCCAUAUGCUUGACGUCACUUUCGAUGCCAUGAUUCGUGGUGGAAUUCACGACCAUAUUGGAAAGGGUUUCCAUCGCUAUUCCGUAGACAAAGAGUGGCAUGUGCCGCACUUCGAGAAAAUGCUGUACGAUCAAACUCAGCUGCUCGGUGUCUUCGCUGAUGCCUGCUUUGUUUGCGGAGAUCAGUACAAGAGCGUUGUAGAGGAUAUCGCACAAUACAUGGAAGAAUGUCUUUCCCAUCAGGAAGGAGGAUUUUACGCAGCCGAGGAUGCUGACUCGCUGCCUACAGCUGAUGCCGCUAAGAAGAAGGAAGGCGCUUUUUGUGUGUGGACGUACUCCCAGGUUAAAGAACUUCUGAAGGAUCAGAAAAUUGGUGACCAUGAUGCUGCUGAAGUGUUUUGUGACUACUACGAUGUUGAAAAAAAUGGAAAUGUUAACCCCUCGAAGGAUCCUCAUCAUGAGUUAACCAAUCAGAAUGUACUACGCAUACGAAAACCCUACGACCACUACGAGAAAACAUACGGCGUCACGCCUGAAGUUCUCAAUGAGGGAAUUAAUAAAGCUAAGGCAGUUCUUGCCGAGGUCAGAUCGCAUCGUCCAAAACCUCAUCUCGACUCGAAAAUGGUGACUGCCUGGCAAGGACUUGCCCUCACUGGAUUAUCCAAGGCAUCCGUGGCCUUGAAGGAUCCAGCCUACGUAGAGCGAGCCAUAAAAAAUUUCGAAUUUAUAAAGAAAUACCUGAUGGACCAUGACGGUCGUUUACUACGCGCAGCUUACAGGGGAGAUGAUGGAAAUGUGGAGAACUUAACCACUCCUGUUUACGCAUUCUCAGAUGACUAUGCUUUCCUCAUACAAGGACUGCUCGACUUAUAUCAAGUGCAUCCAGAAAUGGAAUUAUUGAAAUUGGCACGGCGACUGCAGGAUGAGAUGGAUGCAAAGUUCUUUGACACGGAAGCGGAGUCUGGUUAUUUUAUUGGAAGUGAACAAGGAGAUGUCAAGGUGCGCAUUAUGGAAGAUCAGGACGGUGCUGAGCCUUGUGCCAAUUCAGUAGCCGUUGGUAAUCUGAUUCGCCUAUAUGAAUAUUUUGAAGAGGACGAAUACAAGCGAAAGGCAGAGAAGAUCGUGUCUGCUUGCUCAUCUCGCCUCUUGAAAUACCCAUAUAUCCUUACGAAAAUGAUCUCCGGAUAUCAUCGCAUGGUGAAGGGUUCAGUCAAGAUCGUCUUGGUCGGUGAAGCUGCCGAUAACAAAGUGAGAGCUCUUCGCAAAGAAAUUGAAUCGCACCACAUCUGGAACAGUCUGUUCUUAUUCCUCGACCCUUCUGCCGAUAAUUCUGUUCUCGCUGAAAGUCCGACAUACGGAAGCAUGCUGAAGGGCGACAAACCUUCAGUGUACAUCUGCGCUAAUUUCACUUGCGGACCGCCUGUUUCGAAUGUGGACGAGCUAAAAUCUCAGCUGAAAGAGCUGGCAUAAAUGGAACUUCAUUUUGCUACCUCUAUCCUCACACAUUUUCAGUGGAACUCCAUUGCAAGUCGAAAACUUCGCGAGUGAAUGUACAUAAUUUACGAUUGUAAAAAUGAGACAAUCUAGCAAGGUUCUUAUUCCCGGUAGAUGAUGACUUUCAAGGAUAGUGGUAAAAGACAGUUGAGUUUUUUUUGUUGUUGUUUUGCCCAUUCUAUAGUUUUGUAUAUUCUAUGCGGAAUAUUGGAAUUGCUUGUUAGUUCCUCAAUAGUCAUUAUCAUUCUAUAACUUUUUAUCACAAAUCCUGUACAUAAC